AUGACCGAGCAGCAGAGUGAACUGAAAAAAGGCAAUUGGGAUCGAUUUUGGAGUCCAUUCCUUGAAGCCUGGGCGUUGUUCAAGGAUCCCGCGGCUCAAUCCACACAUAUUAUUGCCUACUUGGCUCGGGACCAAAUGAAGGCCUUGUGUUUUUACACAAACUCUGAGGAACGUCGUGUGUCAAGGAAAGUGAUCUGGCAUUAUUAUAUUGUGAUCCAGCUCGCCAUUAGCCUGGUGAGCCUGUGCCUCGGCGUUCUUGAGUCCAUGGAUGAUAUUGCCAGCCUGGGACGAGAUUUGGUCUUCACAAUAACGACCAUAUUCAUAUUCCUAAGAAUAGUGUUCUUUGCUCAGUAUGCCGAUGAUUUGGAUGUGGUUAUAGAUGCCCUCGAGGACAUUUAUCAUUGGAAGAUAAAGGGCCCAGGAAGUGAGGAAGUGCGUGUCACCCAGCGUAUUCGCUUCUUGAUGUUUAUGAGCUUGAUAGUGGCUUGGUUUAUCUUUCUUAUAUCAUUCAUCCUGAUAAAAAUAUCAACGCCCUUUUGGAUGGAAUCGCAAAUACUGCCCUUUCACGUCGCCUGGCCCUUUCAACUGCACGAUCCCUCGAAGCACCCGAUUACCUAUGCCAUUAUCUUUGUAAGUCAAAGCACCACCGUGCUCUAUUGGCUGAUUUGGCUCGGGGCUGUGGAGAACAUGGCCGUGUCCAUCUUCUUCGAGUUGACUUCUUCUCUGAGGGUACUUUGCAUCGAGCUGCGUAACCUGCAAGAACUCUGCCAAGGCGAUGAGAACUUGCUGGCAAGAGAGCUUUUUCGACUUACCAAGUUCCAUCAGCGAAUCAUUUCAAUAUCCGAUAGUUGUAACAAUAUUUUCAAUGGAGCAUUCAUCAUGCAAAUGCUGGUAAAUUUCGUUUUAGUCUCAUUGUCUCUUUUUGAAGUUUUGGUAGCCAGAAAGAAUCCUCAAGUGGCAGCCGAGUAUCUAAUUGUCAUGUUGAUGACUCUGGGUCACCUCUCAUUCUGGUCGAAAUUCGGAGAUAUGUUUUCCGAGGAAUCCGAGCAAGUGGCCUUGGCAGUAUAUGAGGCUUAUGACCCCACUGUAGGUUCCUUUAAAAUCCAUCGCCACUUUCGGUUUUUUAUUCAAAGAGCCCAAACCCCACUUAUCAUGAGCGCAAGUCCUUUUCCAUCAUUUAACAUGGUGAAUUACAUGUUUAUACUAAAGCAGUGCUAUUCAAUUAUGACUCUAUUGACAAGAACGUUGGAGUAA